AAUUUUUUUAUGUAUAAUGACGUAAUACGACGUGCCUUUUUCUCCGAACAAGACUAGAUAAAGGCAAUCACUGAUAUCUGACAAUACCCUAAGAAGUCUCUCUACCUACAGACAUACUUUGCUGUAAAAGUUAUCCAACCUAUAUAAGCGUUUUCAUCUAACUAGGUUGGUUCAUUUGGAAAAGGGAUAAUUGACAGUAAGAGUAGGCCAGAAAACGUCGGGUUUUCAGUAAAUCGUCUAAGCAUACAGCAAAAUGGUGAUAAUUUAUGUCUCACUUGAAUGACUCCAAAUUUCAUUAAAAAAAAUCUUGAAAUUUUAAUUUUGGCAUGGCCCCCCAGGCCUCUCUGACUAGGCCUAUGGUUACGGAAGCUCUUAGAAUAAAUUAUUGGCCAAUGCCGCGCGCGUAUGCUUGUUCGUUCAAUUUGCUUUUAUCGAGCGCCUUAUCUAAAAUAGCAACCACAGUCGCGCCUGAUACCGCACACUUGACUUUCCAGAUACUUCAGCGGAGGAAGCAAUUGUAACCUAUAUGGUGGCCUAUACUAUAUUUAACUAUGGUAAUAUUACUUUGCAACUAUUCAGGUAUUUAUAAUGCUAGAGGCUAUGUUAAGCAAUCGGGAAAUAAUUCCUCACUUGUGAGUGCCUUUGUCGUUCACGGGGUGGAAAUUCGCUUCAUAUUUGCUAUGGUAUUACUACUAUUUUUUAGUCUUUACCACGAGUGUAAUACUUCUUUUAUGUACACAUUAUAAACUACUUAAACUGUACAAAAGCGGGGGUUCGACUUGCGCAUAUCAGUAGAGCUAAGGAUCCAAUGAAGCUUGUACAAAUAACGAAGACGGAGUUAUUUUCGCAUAGUGAGGGAGGAAUAAAGAGUUCCAAAAUAGGCGAAGAAAGGAAUUCAACGAAAAAUAGUAGGAACCGCUGGUAUAGACAACUGUACUUCUAUAAAAUUGAUUACAGAAGUUAUAUAUAUAGUAUUUAUUUAAGAAUUACUUGUGAUUUACUAGCCACAACUAUUGAUGCAGGCUGGUAGCAUGAACAUUUCUAAAUUUUUCAAAUAUUCCUAUCAGUAUAGAUUUAUAAAUAAGUCGUAGUCUUUUAGUUCAUUCCACUUAAAAUUCGUUUCUGAGAUAAAUGUCACGACAACUUUUGUAAAAUGGCAUCGAUACUCCGAUAUUUCGGCUGGAGUGGAUUGGAUAGUGACGAUGAGAAAGAUGAAUUCGACCAUGAUGAGGAAAACGGUAGCGAUCCAAGAUCCAAUCUCAGUAAUCCUGCGAACGAAACGGAAUCCUCCCAUUCGGCACCAGAAAACUCAGGAACGCGGGAAAAAAAGUUAGGCAAGAGACUUAUAUUUUCAAUACCCGAACUUGAUUCCGGGAAUGAACACGAACACAAUCUAUCAACGCUGUACCCACGAGCGUUUGCAUCGUGGAAAAAGCAGAAAAAACGUUUUCUGCCUAACAAGGUCAAAACAACAAAAUACACGAUACUGUCGUUCUUACCCAAAAACUUAUUUGAACAAUUCCACAGAUACGCAAAUUUUUACUUCCUCUUCAUAGUCAUUUUAAAUUUUACGCCGAUGAUCAAUGCCUUUGAUAAGUAUUUGGCCAUCAUUCCAUUGGCAGUUGUGCUCACAUUUACAGCAGUGAAGGAUAUAGUGGAGGACGUGCAAAAAUAUAAAAACGAUCAGAGAGUGAACAACAUGAAAUGCAUCGUAUACAACAGGAUGGAAAAGGAUGUAAUACUGUUGUUUGACGCCAACAAAUAAGAGCUA